AUGACAGACCCUUUUGUCGCCCAGUCUCAUAUCCUCCACCGCGCCUUUGGGCAGAGGCCGGAAAAUGUCGUCACAGCUGAGGGCAUUAAGCUCGUGCUGGAGUCUGGCAAGACCAUGUACGAUGCUACAUGCGGGCCGUCUGUGUCUGUUUUAGGCCAUCACCAGCCUAAGGUUACAGAGGCCAUUACUCGCCAGUUGAAUCAGGUGGCCUACGUGUACUCCGGGGCUCGUUUCACUGCUGAGCCCAACGAGGAGCUUGCUUCCAUGAUCCUAGGAAGUCGCCCUGGAGGCCUAUCCAAAGCCAUAUUUGUGAACUCGGGUAGCGAAGCCACGGAUGCUGCGAUCAAGCUGGCCACUCAAUACUGGCACGAGAGGGGCCUACCCAACAAGAGCCACGUUAUUGCCCGCAAACAAAGCUACCACGGCAACACCAUUGGCGCGCUUAAUGUUUCUGGGCAUACAUCCAGGCGCGAGAUUUAUCGUGACUGGAUCUCUCAAAACGUCUCUUUCGUGGACCCUUGCUACGCCUUCCGGCUUCAGAAGGCUGGCGAGAGCUCCGACCAAUACCUUCAGAGGCUCCGUGACCAACUUGAGGCCGAAAUCAUCCGCCUCGGGCCUCAAAAUAUUUCAUCAUUUAUUGCUGAGACUGUGAGCGGAACGACGCUAGGUUGCUUGCCCGCUAUUCCAGGCUACUUUAAGGCAGUGCGAGAGUUGUGUGACAAGUAUGAUAUUCUGCUUAUUUUAGAUGAGAUUAUGUGUGGUAUGGGGAAAACAGGAACCAUGCAUGCCUGGGAGCAAGAAGGCAUUCGAGGCCCCGACAUCCAAACAAUUGGAAAGGCUCUCGGAGGAGGUUUUGUCCCCCUUUCUGGUGUACUCCUUCACCAGAAGAUCUUUGACGCCUUAGCCGCAGGCUCCAAAGGCCUUCUCCACGGUCACACGUUCCAGGCACACCCCAUUGCCACGGCAGCUGCUGUGGCGGUGCAGAAGAUCAUUAAAGAACAAGACUUGCUGAAAAAUGUAACAAAAAUGGGCAGGAUUCUCCAGAAAGCCUUGGAAGAUAUGAUUCGGCCACUGCCUUUCGUUGCAGAUAUUCGAGGCCGCGGGCUGUUUUGGGCCGUCGAGUUCUUGGCCGACCCAGAAAAGGGUGUGGCAUUUCCUAAAAACUCAAAAUUCUGCAACAAAGUAGUAGAUUCAGCGUUUGAGAACGGCUUGAAUAUUCUGGGCAACCUUGGCGUAACUGGCGAUGUGCAUGUGGAACACGUUAUCAUCGCGCCACCCUACAUUGUCUCCGAGUCUGAAAUCAGAGACAUCGUCCAACUCCUCAAAGUUUCCAUCGAGGAAGUCAGUCGCCCAACGCUUGAAGCAAGACAACAAACUUGGAGCGCAUCAGUGGAGUCGAGGCUGUGA